AUGGCGGACGUGGCCAACAGAGAUGAGGCGGUCAAGUGUCUGAGGAUCGCGAGCAGAGCGAGGGAUGAAGGGAACCUGGAUAAGGCUCAGAGGUUCGCCGAGAAGGCGCAAAAGCUCUUUCCGUCACAGCAAGGGGCCAGCCUGCUUCAGGAGGUGCAAAAUCUUCGGAGUGGGUCGCAGUCCAACGGAGCGUCCGCGCGUCCAGCGGCCCGCCCCGGCGCAGAGGGCAUGCGUCACAGGCACCCUCAGGGGCAGGCGAAGCGCGCGUCCACCGCGCGCAAGAGCACGGAGGCACCGAAGGAGGAUCCCAACGCUGGCACUCCGGAGCAGCGCGCGAUGGUGCGGAAGAUAAGGAGUACGAAGGACUACUACCAGAUCCUCGGCGUCGAUCGAAGCGCCUCCGACGACGAGAUCAAGAAGGCGUACCGCAAGCUCGCGCUGAAGCUGCACCCCGACAAGAACUCCGCCGCUGGGGCCGAGGAGGCGUUCAAGGCGGUGAGCAAGGCGUUCAGCACGCUCCAGGACGCCGACAAGAGGGCCGAGUACGACAGGUUCGGCCCGGACGGCCCGCCCACGAUGGGGAGCAUGCGCAGAGGGCCGCGUGCGGGGCCCUCGGGGUUCGGUGGCGGCGACUUCUCGGCGGACGAAGCCGAGAUGAUCUUCCGCAUGUUCUUCGGCGGGGGCGGGCCGUUCGGGGGGGGCAUGGGCGGCCCCUUCGGCGGUGCGUUCCACCAAGCGGGCCCGGGGUUCAACGCGCGGCCCGUGCACCGGCGAUCCCGCCGCACGCGCGCCGGGCACGUCGUGGACUCGGACGACGACGCGGGCGGCUUCGCGUCCGCGCGCCGGCGCGGGGCGUACUCGCAAGCGCCCCAGGACCCGUUCAUGGUGUUGGUGGGGCGCCUGAUGGCGUUGCUGCCGCUGCUGCUCCUCGGCCUGAUGAUGCUCGGCGGAAGCGGGCCGGAGUACGUGUUGGAGAAGAAGAACGACUACCGCGUGCCGAUGGUCACGACGUUCAGUGGGCGCGAGGUCCCCUACUUCGUGAAGGACCGCCUGGCCUUCCGGCGCGAGUUCCCGCCGCACACGCAGAAGUUGGAGCGGCUGGAACUCAACAUCGAGAAGGACUACAAGGAGAAGCUCAAGCAGGAGUGCACCAAGCAGAGACAGGUGCGCGCCCUGCUGACUCGCCAGCGCCGCUACAACGACGCCGCCUCGGUGUCAAUGGCGCCGUGCAUGACUUACCAAGAGCUCUUCACGGGACCCCCAUACCAGCAAAAGCUCAGGCAGCAGCGGGAACGUGAGCAGGAAAUAGAGCUGCAGCAGGAGCGGGAGAAGCUGCGCCGCGAGCAGGAACUGCGCCAAGCGAUGGAAGAGAGGAUGAGAGCGAGCCAGGCAACCGCCUGA